AUGAUGAGUGAGGUGAGAAACUUAGAACAACAACAACAAAGGCAACAACAACAACAACACCAGGGCCCUGUCUUAAAGGGCGAUUUUGCGUCGGAACAAGACAGCAAUGAACAACUCGCUCGAACCAUGGCCGUCAUGUCGCAAGAAGAAAGGGCGAGGAUUUUGGAAGAUGUUCAUGGGGUAUCGGAUGAUAUAAACGAGACUCAGGAAAUGAUUGCACAAAGUCUUGCUAGCUUUGAAGCAGAGCUGAACCAACUGCAAUACUUGAAUGCUGCACUGAGAAUGGCAAUAGCAAAAGAUCAUGCAUAUGUUCAGAAUCAAGCAUUUCGCCUUCAGUUUUUGCGUGCAGAGUCGUUUGAUAUCAAGGCUGCGGUCCAACGGUUUGCAAGGCACUUUAAAAUGAAGCUACAGCUGUUUGGGGAGGAGAAACUAACAAAGGAUAUUGUGCAAGAUGAUUUGGACGAAGAUACUAUGGAAUACCUGUACAGUGGCAGAUUUCAGAAUUUGCCGUUGCGAGAUAAAUCGGGACGUCAUGUUUCCUUGUACAUGAUGAAGCUUGCGCCCACUUUUACCGCAAAUUCGGAUGUGAGCGUGAUGAAACGAGUCUACUACAACGCCAUGAUCAACGCGGAAAGCGUGGAAACACAAAAGAAAGGCGUAGUUGUAGUAGUGUGGGGAAUCGGUGGCAAAAAUACAACGACGAGGAGACUCAGCGCUAGCACCUUUUGGAAAGUAGCCGAAGUCCAAAAGUCAUUGCCACUCAAGGUUGUAGCGUUUCACUUUUGUUAUGACAAUAUGCUCCUUCGGCCAGUUCUCUCUACCAUUCAGAUGGGAUGUGGUUUCUUCACGGGUGUUCGGUUCCGGGCACACUAUGGUACACACUUGGACUGUACGACUGCCUUGCAAUCCUUUGGAAUUCCUGCGAAUUUGAUUCCCAUCAAUAGUGAAGGUACCGUCACAAGCAACGAGUACCAUGUGGCACAAAUGAAAAAGCGACGAAUUCAGGAACGACAAGAGCUCCGAACAACACGAACAGUCAUGAUUCCUUGUUCCUUUGAUAUUCUGGUCGGUAAGGGCAAGCCCUUUCAAGAACAUCCUGGGAACAUGGAGCUGCGGGAAUGGAUUCGAAAGCAUCAGACAAGUUAUGAAGUAGCGCAAAAGUAUGAAAAGAAGAAUUUGGUCCUUCAAGUCAUUGGUAUGGUAAAGGGCAGAGGCGGAAGGUUCCUAAAGGAUGUUGGUGGUUGUUGGUCCGAGGUGGAGGAAGAUGUGGCUCGUGCCAAAGUCGGUCACUUGUUUCGGGACAAGAAGCGAACGAGAGAUCCAAAAGUAGCUGCCGCUAUCAAAACGAAUAGGGCAUUUGCCAUGAGUGCAAUGAAAUUUAAAUGA